AUGGCAGAGCUCGUUGGAGUCAUCUCUGGUGGUGUUGGCAUUGCUUCCUUUGCCCUCCAAAUUUCAAGCAACGUUAAUUCUUUGAGACGAACUUAUCAGUACAACAGGAACAAAGCAUCACAGGAACUCGAGGAACUCGCCCACCGUCUCGAGUUCUUGAAUUUGCUCUUGGAAGACCUCCAGCCUUUUGAGGGGAAACCGUCUGUUGAUCUUGCAAUUAGAAGCUGUCAAUACAUAUACCAUGAUAUGGACAAAGCUUUGAAGUUAUUACAAGAGAAGAUGCACAGGGCGCCAGCUGGCUGGAAAGGCGACUGGAAGUUAGCGAAAGGUUGUCUUUCUAGGCAAAUUCGCGAGGAGAUUCAUGACAUUGGACACAAGCUUAUAUGGAUGACCCAAAUGAUGAAUACGGUUGCUUUCAACAAGUUCAGCAUUCCAUGGGCACUUUUGCUAGACUUCCAAUUUAUUCUCGGUGCUAGAAAGUAUUCUUUGCGGCCCGCCCUUAGCUUGCAACGAGUCGUGAACUAUACAUCACCCGGAUUUGAGACUAUAUGGAGAUGUCGAAAGGGCCUUCUUCCACUUUCAGAAGCGCAGGAUCAACUCCGGAGACUGAACAGAUCGCCGUCGCCUCUGUCACAGCACAUUAAUCCAGCUGGAGACAAUUAUAUCCGGGACCUUCUCUGUUAUGGACCAUGGAAUAACCAGAAUAACCAGUUUGCUUUGUUGGGGUUUUUGGUCAAAGAGUUAGACAUGAGACUUGAGGAUGAAGAUAAUCAGACACUGAUCCGUUGCGCCUCGUGGAUAGGCGAAGGAUCACAUAUCGGGUUACUCGAGGCCAUCCUUGAAUUAGGAUUUGACGCCAGUGGUAUAGAUUCACCAUUGUUCCAGAAAUGGCCCUCGCCUUGUUCACCUAAUUGGAUUUCGGAAGAGUUCACACCUGACCCAUUUUUCCUGGAAUAUCUUGCUAUCAUUUCGAAAGACAACCCGGAAUUCGGAGGGUCUACAGCCCUCCAUGACGCUGUACUGCGCAGAUCGCCAGCGACCGUGCGAUCCCUCCUUUCAAAUGUGUCCGGCUUGGAAGAUUGCCGCAACUUUCUAGGCCAAACACCCUUGCAUCUCGCAGUCUGCGAUCCGGAAAUAUUCACUAUGGUUCUGGAUGCUGGGUUUGAUAUGGACUCGAGGGAUGAAUGGGGGAUCACUCCCCUAAUGUAUGCAGCUGGGAUGGGAGUAAGUGAGGUCGUACAGUUACUCAUCUCCAAAGGCGCAAAUAUAAUGGCCCAGGCUACAUAUUUGAACCGGGGUUUCGUGGAUUACGCAUCUGCCCGCGGACACUGGGAUUUAAUACUCGAAUCACUGAAAACUAUUCAGCUAUACUACUGUGAACAAGCCUUUCAGGAUUGCGUGUGUUGGGCUAUUCUCAGAUUGAUUUACAGCGACAACAUCACCUUAUCUGAUGGUUCGAGAGAGAAAUACUUUGUGGGUUAUCUUGAUCUUUGUGAAAACUCGAAUUUCACAUUCUCAGAUAGCUAUAGAGGUACAGAUGGCAAUAACCUCUUGCACUAUGUCAAAACAGAGAAGGAGCUGCAUGCUCUUGUCAAUCACGGCUUUCAUGACUUUAACAGACCCAACAGUGAAGGCGAAACUCCAAUCUUCUCCAUUUUGAGCCGUGUCUCGAAUGCAGACUUGCUUCGGUGCUGUGUUGAUAACGGGACUGAUAUCAAUUACGGAGAGGCCGGCUUAAGAUCAAGAUGGGAAUUCGCUCAGACGAGGCCCAAGGAAUUUGGAGGGUCAUUACACGAGGAGCGACAGGCGAUAAUGACAUUGGAGCAAGAGAUGGAGGAUUACAGCGCAGAGAGCUUGGAAAGUCUCAGAUGCCAGUUGAUGAAUCUCGCCAAGGAGAGAUAUGUCAAGGCUAGCGUUGCAAGCGAUGCAAGAGCUGCAAGCCGCAGAAGGACAUACGAAUCUGGCUUUACUGUCGACUACAAAAAUGACACUUUCCGUUGGUGCGUCGAUUGUACUACCAGCACCGGGUAUAACUUGACAUGCGACAUAUCACAAUAUGCCUUCUGGCUGCAACACGAAUAUUUGCGAGGGUACAAAGAUCGCGAAACUGGCUUCGUUCAACAAGGAUGGUACGAAAGGCGGACUGCAUGGCUUGUUGAAAUAAUCAGCGUGAUGGGAGUUUCACUUCAAACAAUUAAGCAACAAAUGGAAAACAUACAUCUUGAGGAGACAAGGUUGGAGAAGAUUGAUUCAAAGGCUGUCGUCGACCAAUUUUGGAGUUCUGCAAAGGAUAAACUUGCCUAG